AUGUUUUCGAAUUAUUCAAAGGAUACUGCUCCUGAGAAGAAAGAUACUGUUCCGGAGAAGCAAAAGGUCGAAAGCUAUCUCAAUGAUAAAAGCUACCCCAAAACUGAUAGAUACCCAAAAACAUACGAGGCUCGAAAAGCCGAAGUUUAUAAAGAUGUGUUUGGUUCAAAAAAAACCGCGCGCUUCGAUGAGGCUCAAAAGAAACAAUACAACCAUGGUGCUUGA